AAAAAACAUACAGGCGUCAAUAUACGUAAUGUUUACAUGCGAUCAUCCAAUCCAAUAUGAGUUGCUAUUCUGAUUUAUAUAUUUGAAAUUAACCAUGACCGUAAAAAUGCUGCUGAUAAUGUCUUUUACUUUCAAUUGACUUCUCAAGAUUUACUCCAAAAAUGCCGAAACAAGAUGAAGACCUUAAUAUUCAAAGAUAUGCUCGCUUUCAAUCCUUGGAUGUGCACCCAAAAAAGAGAGCUUUAGUAGUUAACUAUGAUGUUGAUCCUAAUAUAUUGGCUCACAUUGGAGACUAUGCAAUGAAGGAAUCAAGACAAUGCCAAAAACUCGUAAGAUUGAAAGGAACAUUUGAAACAGAUCAAAUCAAAACUUUAGCCCAACUCAUAAUUGAUGCUUGUCCUCUUGUACCACAAUCUAAAGAAACAGAAGUAGAACAAUUACUUUACUACUUGCAUACAAGAAAAGGAAAUUCUUUGGAAGAUGAUAAUACUGACGACACUGAUGGAGAUGGAGAUAAUGAGUCAAGAAUUAUAUCUUCUGGGGAUGAAACUGCUAGUGUUACCAGUGUUGAUAGUUACAUAGAGCUGUUAUAUGAAGAAAUUCCUGAAAAAGUUAGAGCAUCAGCAUUAGUUCUUCAGCUAGCUCGACAGACUGGCAGUUUAAAUAUUCUUCGAAAAAAUGAAAUUCUUUUGGGAGCCUUAGCAAGAGUACUUCGAGAAGAUGGCAGAAAGUCUAUUGAAUUGAGUACUAAUAUUGUUCACAUAUUUUACUGUUUUUCUGUCUUUAGUCAAUUUCACCAAGUUAUUGCUCAGCAUAAGGUUGGCUCUUUGUGCAUCGAUGUUGUAGAUAGUGAAUUAAAGCGCUAUGAACAGUGGAGCGAUGAAAUGGCUAAGAAAAAGAGUAUUAUAGAUUCUGGAAAGUCUAAUGUUGCUGCUGUAAACGAUUAUGAUAAAAGUUUGCAAAAAUAUAGAAGUUUAGUCAAAAAGCAAGACCAACUCCUUAAAGUUUGUUUUCUGUUGCUCCAUCACGUUGCUGAAGAUCGCAAAGUUGAAUAUAAGAUGGUUAACCGAGGAAUAAUAUCACUGCUUGCCAAAUGCUUAAAUAGAGAAUCUUCCGACUUAUUGUUUGUAGUUGUAUCAUUUCUGAUAAAGCUUUCCAUUUACAUCGAAAAUAAAGAAGAAAUGGAGUCCAAUAAUGUUGUUGAAAAUGUAGCUCAUCUUGUUCCUCAUGACUCUGUUGACUUGACGAACGAAGUGUUGCGACUAUUAUUGAAUUUGUCUUUUGCAAUUGAAUCUCGUAAUGCAAUGGUUAAAUGUGGCCUUUUACAAAAACUAGUGAACUUAAUAUCUGUAAAAUCAUAUCAGAAUGAAGUCUUAGGAAUCUUAUAUCACAUUAGUUUUGAUGACCGAUGCAAGUCAUUAUUCACUUACACUGAUUGCAUUCCAAUGAUCAUGAAGAUGAUUGUAGAGCACCCAGAACCCACACUUCCUAAAUAUUUGAUCGCACUUUCUGUCAACCUCUCUGCUAACAAACGCAAUGCUCAAUUGAUGUGCGAAAAUGAUGGUUUGCGGCAUUUAGUCGAGAGAGCAUUUCAAUACCAAGACUGCCUUCUUUUAAAAAUGAUAAGAAAUAUUUCUCAGCAUGAUGGUCCAACAAAAAUAUUGUUUGUGGGAUUUGCUGAACUUUUCUGUGAAGCUAUACAUCGAAAUACCGGUAAAAAUGAUGACUUUAUUAUGGAGUGUAUAGGUAUAAUGGGAAAUUUAACAAUACCUGAACUUGAUUAUGAAAUGCUACUGUUCCAAUAUGAUUUACUCGGAUUCAUGAAGAAAAAACUUUCACAAGAAAACUGUGAAGAUGAUAUGAUUUUAGAGGUGAUUAUCUUAGCUGGAACAUUUUCAGCAGAGGAAGUGUGUGCUACAACACUGCUUGAAUCUGGAAUAAUCAAACAUGUCAUUGAACAUUUAAAUGCUAAACAAGAGGAUGAUGAAAUUGUUUUACAUAUUGUGCACUUAUUCUAUCAGCUGAUUUAUCAUCGAGCAACUAGGGACGUGAUCAUAAAAGAAACUCAAAUUCCUGGUUAUUUGUUAGAUUUAAUGCAUGACAAAAAUACAGAAAUACGGAAACUAUGUGAUAAGAGCUUGGAAAUAAUAUCUGAAUAUAAUGAAGAAUGGGCUAAGAAAAUCCAAAUAGAAAAGUUUCGUUGGCAUAAUUGUCAGUGGCUAGAAAUGAUUGAAUCACAACAAAUGGAUGAUGCAGACUUUUAUGAUGGAGAAGAUUCGUAUACACCCAGAAUACAAGAUUUUCUUAAUCCAUCGGAUUUACUUUAUGGUAGUGGAGCAUAUGAAAGCUUGUUAAGUGAUGAAAGUUUGUCACCCGACAUGUUAGAUGACUUGCCAUCAACAAGAUCUGUUGAAAGCACAUCGAGCCGUCCAAAGUCAAGAUACAAGAACAGACUGGGUGGAGUGGAGAAAUGAAAACAUGAUGGAGCCAACAGCAAAUGCUUAAUUCUAGAGUCAUAAUCACUAUAAGGACUUUUUUUGAGUCAGAAAAAAAAUAUAUAUUGCAUUGAAUGCUAUAGCUGUUUUUAGCCUAUAUAGAUUUUUUAUAUUAAUUUUACACCUUAUUUAUUUAUGCAGCUUUUUUACAGUUGUCUUGUUAAAUUAUUUUUAUUUAUUAAUGUGCAAUAAAUUAUU